CAAGCUCUUCAAUGUGAGUCGUCUUAAAAAUAGUGACGCUAUUAACGACCAGCUUUUCAAGUUUUACAAGUCUAAUGAUCAGUUUGAAUCAGGCAUCGGUUGAGUGAAGAUGAUGUCUCGUUUUACAUUCACUUUAUGCCUAUUCGCGGCUUUUGAUGCAGUAAAAGCGGGGGAGGCUCCGAAGAUCCGACUGAACGAUGGCAACAUGAUUCCUAUACUUGCUUUAGGAACAUAUGGUUCAGACGAGGAUCGAGCCAAAAUGCGCCAAACCGUAAACGAUGCGGUUGAAGUUGGCUACAGGCAUAUUGACACGGCAGCUCUGUACAACAACGAGGUGGAGAUCGGCCAGGGAAUUGCUGACGUCAUCGGGAAAGGACUUGUGAGAAGAGAAGACUUAUUUAUAACCACUAAGCUAUGGAACGACAAACAUGCUUGUGAACAAGUGGUGCCGGCUCUGAACGAGUCCCUGAGCAGGCUAGGCUUGGAUUAUGUCGAUCUCUACCUCAUCCACACCCCAGGGUCACAGAAGGCUGAUGGGUCGUUCGAUUACAUAGACUACUUAGAAACCUGGCUUGGCAUGCAAGAAGCGAAGAAACUGGGUUUGGCGCGAUCCAUCGGGGUGUCGAAUUUCAACAGCCAACAAAUCAAGAGAAUUAUAGACAACUGCGAAAUUGUGCCUGCUGUUAACGAAAUUGAGGUCCAUCCCGCUUUAACCCAAGAACGUCUCAUUGCCUUUUGUCAGAAUAUGGGUAUCACAGUGAUGGCGUACAGUCCCUUCGGAUUUCUCGUCUCCAGAGAGGUGGAUGACGCUCCUCCACCUAGGAUAGACGAUCCAACGCUCGUCGCUAUAGGACAAAAGUAUGGAAAAACUACUAGUCAAGUCGUCCUGAGAUAUUUGAUCGACAGAGGAACAAUACCGAUCCCAAAAUCGACAAACAAGAGACGCUUGCAGCAAAACAUCGACAUGUUUGACUUUAAGCUGACACCCGAGGAGAUCGUAACUAUCAACAAAUUCAACCAGAACCGCCGUAUCUUUGACACCAGCUAUUGGAAAGACCAUCCUCAUUACCCUUUUAAUAUUGAUUAAAAUGUUUAUCAUUUAUCUUUACAACUACAUUUUUUUGUUUAACUCUGAUAUUUUUUUCCAUAGAUGUUGCUCAUAAUUCAGUUUUCCCAGCAAUGGCGUAAGUACGUGACUAAACUCAGAUCAGCUGAUCGACCGCCGCCAUGUUUUCAACGUUAUAUCCCAGACAGUUAUUUUAAACACUGAGCAAGCAUAACGUUAUCUGCAUAAAAUGCAUGUAAAGAUGGCUAGGGUUUCAUUUAAUUAUAUUUCAGGGGUAUUUUACUAUUUAAUAAGGUCCUCGUGGAUUUGUUUUAAAUAUAUAUAUUUGUAAAUUGUGUUUCAUCAUUGAUAACCUGUAUAAUAUUAUGUACAAUUAUUAUUUGUUUAAGAAAAAUGUGCGAAAUUGCAAAUUGCGAAACGUAACUAGAGUCUGUCACGUGACAUAGAGACAUGCUUUAUAGUGAGGAAAAGAGAACAUAGUCAAAAAAUAAUAGGGUAUUAAAAAAACAAUUAAAUAUUUUCAAGUACUGUCUUUUACAUUUUUAAUUAAUAAGAGCACCUAGAACAAAAUUCUUAUAAGGAUUGUAAUUUCAUGGAAAAUCGUAACUUUGA